GGCCGCAGCAGAGCGGCGGCGGCUGCGUCUGGAGUCGCGCGUGCUGGUCAGAAAACCCCUCGCGUGGAUCUGCCAAGUGUCGCUGCUCCGGCCGGAGGAGCUCACUCUUUUUCUCCCGCUCCAGCUGCAGCUACCCGCGCGAAGGAAGACAGUAGGGCCCUAGGCUGAAGGUUAAAACCUCACGGAAGGAACAUGAGGUUCCCUUGGAGAUCAUUCAAGAGGAAGAUGGAAGGAGCCAUUUAAAAUCGAGUUAAACUGCAGGCUGCAAGACUGGGGCCUGAGGGCUGGCAGUGGAAAACUCUGUUGGGCUGUGAUCUCUCACUGAAAAGUCCCGCGUGCCUUUUUGCUUCCUGCAAAAGGAAGGAAGACAAGGAGGAGACCAUGUCUAUAGCCUUGAAGCAGGUGUUCAACAAGGACAAGACCUUCCGGCCCAAGAGGAAAUUUGAACCUGGCACACAGAGGUUUGAGCUGCAUAAACGAGCUCAGGCAUCCCUCAAUUCGGGUGUGGACCUGAGAGCAGCCGUGCAGUUACCCAGCGGGGAGGACCAGAAUGACUGGGUGGCUGUGCACGUGGUGGACUUCUUCAAUCGCAUCAACCUCAUCUACGGCACCAUCUGUGAGUUCUGCACUGAGCGGACCUGCCCCGUGAUGUCAGGGGGUCCCAAGUAUGAGUAUCGGUGGCAGGAUGACCUCAAGUAUAAGAAGCCAACUGCACUACCAGCUCCCCAGUACAUGAACCUGCUCAUGGAUUGGAUUGAAGUCCAGAUCAACAAUGAGGACAUAUUUCCGACAUGUGUUGGUGUGCCCUUCCCAAAGAACUUCCUUCAGAUCUGCAAGAAGAUCCUGUGCCGCCUGUUUCGGGUCUUCGUCCAUGUCUACAUCCACCACUUUGACCGGGUCAUUGUGAUGGGGGCAGAGGCGCAUGUCAACACCUGCUACAAACAUUUCUAUUACUUCGUCACGGAAAUGAACCUCAUAGACCGCAAAGAGCUCGAGCCCUUGAAAGAGAUGACAACCAGGAUGUGUCACUAACAUCCCACCUCAUCUACCGGAAGAAAGGAACAGUUUCUCCCAGGAGUCCCCGUGGGACAGGAAGUGGCCCUCUCUGGCUGAAAUGAUCCUUGCUUCCAGGAGCAGGAAAGCUGGAGCCCCACAAGGACUUCCAAAAGAUGUCUCCUAUCCACUUCGUGUGCUCUUAACCCUCUAAGUGCUGCUAGCCAGGGCCUGUGGGCCAGGCAGACCACAGCAUGAAGGACCAGCCUUGACCCCUUAGGCUGAGGAUAGUGCAGGAGCGGCCGCUGCACUUCCAACCACGUCACGCAUGUCUGUGGCCUGCCCCCUAGGCUUCACUGGAACUCAGGUUUUGAGACUGAGAGUUUUUUGGUUGUUCUUUUUGCUUUAUGUCUUAUCAGACUUCUUGACUAACGUCUCUGUCUUUGAUGUUUCUAAGAACCAAUCAAAUUUGGGGACUCCCAUAUAUAAUACCAUUUUCCUGUCCCACCUCUCCUUGAGUCCCUGCAGGCCCAGGUUCUGGGCCUGUGGCUUAACCUUGUACGGGGCUUGAAGCUGGGAGGGGCCUGCAGUUCUGUUGGCAGCAUCCAUGGCAUUUCCCUCGUGGGCGGUUUCACCAGGGACCAUCUGAUGGAGGGCAUGAUCUGUGCCCCAGACAGGCCAUUCAUCUGCUAACCUCUGGGAAGAGUCUGGAAAUAAACUGGUGCGUUACCAGUUUGCCCUGGUCAGGAUGGAUUUUAGUAGCCACAGUCCAGCAAAGAUAUACUUUCCCAUUUCCCACAAGAGAGAACUAAAGUCACAAAUGACCACUGGGGUCCUUGAGCCAGAUUUGUGCAGUGUUUGUUCUUUAUUGAGGAGUCCUGGCUGACCAGACAUUUUAUAAUGUUAGGAUUUCAGUGACAAGACUGUUGAUAUUUGGUACGUGUAGAUCAAUACACUUGACCUGUAGCCUUCCCAACGUGACCCCAGAGCUUCUGAACUCAGCCGACAUUUUCCCUCCUCCCUAGUCUCCCUUCUUCUAUUCCUGUUUUCCCUCCGUCCUCCCCAUUCCCUCUCCAUCUCUUCCUCAAUCUCUCCUCUCUCUCAUCUCCUCUCUAUUCUCUACUCUGUGUGUGCGUACGUGUGUGCGUGCGUGUGUGUGCACGUGUGUGUGUGUGUGUUUUUCUCUUGCCCACUGUCCUUCCAUCUCUAUGUUCUAGGAAGACACAGAGUUGAUUUCUGUGCAGUAGGUGUGCUACAGUUGCUAAGGUGUUCCUCAAAGCCAAGGCGUCCUUCCGGCCAUCAGAAUAACCAACCGCUCUGUGCAAGCUCCUGCUUUUGGAAGCUUGAGGAAAUGAAAUGUUGCCUUCUCUGAUUCGUUCACAAAGCUGUGGUUCUGACAGCUUGACUAAGAAGUACUCAUACUUCCCAUGACGUUUGAUUUUUAAUAAAGUAUCUGUUGGUGGAGGGAAGUAGAUAUGAAUGUAUUCUUGCAGUUAAUGUAAUAACAGAAGACGACCAAGCUAAUCUGAUGUUACCUAGUAUCUCUAAUAUGUUAAAGCCAUCUGUGACUGCCACAAAAUCCUAGAGAGCAUAGCAUCUUUGCCUAAUGAUGACAAGGCUGACUAUAUGGAGUACAUAAUGGGACCAUGUUUAGGACAACCCUUACUUCCCGUCUCGCGGAUGCUGUCUUACGAAACCCAACACUGCUAACGUCUUUUUGUUAUUGACUUGCUCUGAUCUACAGGAACUUUUUAUUUUCUCCUGAAGUAACCUUUAGAGACCAAGAUAGGCCUAGAAGCAUCUGGCUAAGGGUCUAGAGAAACAAAGCCCUGACUCCCUGACCUGUGCAAUACAGAGUAACACAGUUCAUGGCUGUGCGGGAUGGUGACAAUGAGAAAUGGUAGCCUUGGCCUUGAGGUCUCUGCUGCUUUGUACCUUGAACAACUUACAGGGCUCAUGCAGUGAGAGGAUGAAUAAGUGCCUGCUUUUCAGUAGUGCCUAGCCAAUGAGGAAGCCUGACACUAAAAACAUUUGACAUUUAUUCCUAAUUAUUUUCUCUCAGUUAUUUGUGUAUGUGAAAUUUCUAUCCACCUUAAAAAAUCCAUUUUUUUUUAACUUCUUAGAAUGGUUUUCUCUGGCUUGUAUUGUUAAUUGCACUAGUCCACUCUUGGAGGAAAGUCUAGUCAAUUGCUCUGCUUUUUAGAAGGAUGAGGUGUUCAUAUUUCAAAAAACUUUGUUUGGCUGAUUCUAAAGAAAAAUCUUCUUGGGCUGUUUUGAAGCCUUUGGCCUAACCUUAUCCUCCAUACGUCUGUAUUGUGAACAGACGAUCCCUGCAGCCCCUGGGAUAGCUCAGGCCUGCUUCUGUCUUUUAACCUUCUUCUUCCUGAUUUUCUGCAUUUGUUUUAACUUCAGGAAAGUUCACAGUUGAAAGAUUGCGAGCACCCUAUCCUUUAAGUGCAGCAAGUGUUAGCGUAUCACCUCGUUUCUUUCUCACCACAAAACCAAGUUACAGUCAUCAUAAAGCUUUGAAAUACUCUGUCACCCCUCCUGUUAGUAAUGAGGACAUUAUCCUAUCCGUCUUCAGUGGCAUCAGCUCCAAGAGCCUGAAAUGGAUAUUCAAAUUCUGCCUCAGAAGAUUCUUUGACGUUGAUUUGCCUUUAAAAAAAAAUCUAGGAUGUAAUCAAGAACUACACAUUUUAUCUAAGUGUCACUGUCUUCAUUUCCAUUGAUAGAUGAUCAUUUCCUCUGUGUGUGUGUGUGUGUGUGUGUGUGUGUAUGUGUGUGUGUUCUGUCUUUAGUAAUGUAUGUGACUGGCAUUCCUGAAGAACAUAAGCGCUGGUUUGUUUAUGGGGUGUGCCCAUAUUCUGGAGGCAGUGAUGAGGGUAACAAUGUUCACAGUGAUGAGGGUAACAAUGUUCACAGUGAUGAGGGUAACAUUGUUCACAGUGAUAAGGGUAACAAUGUUCACAGUGAUGAGGGUAACAAUGUUCACAAUGAUGAGACACCCUCCUUGCAUCAUGUUAGAAAAUGUGAGUGUCCAAUGGAAGACUAAUCAGUGGGCUCAGGGUUAGCUGCCUGGACCAAUCAAGUUGCAUAAUUCGUCGUUACGCUCUGGGAUUCAAUACACGCACCAUUUAUAGAAUAUGAAGCUCCACAUGUCUACUUCACUUCUUAGUGUUAUCAGAGGUCCCCUGACCCCAAUGUUAAAUCCCUUGCCAUGGAAGACGAAGACGUGUAAAAGGAGUCCAACCUUUCCACUUAAGAUGAAAAGGAGCAGGAAUUUUUCAUUUGCAGACAAUACAUAUGAAUGCUGAUUCAUGGGCGUGUGAUGAUCCUCCAGCCAGAGGCAAAGUCCGUGCGUGUGUGCGUGUGUGUGUGUGUGUGUGUGUGUUUCCUUUAGUGAUUUCCCAUUCAGACAGACCCAUAGUUUCCUCAUUGAGCUCAGCUCAUGUAUUAUGAGACAGUGUCUCUUUACAUAGUUCUGAAUGUCCUGAAACUCAUUGUGUAGACCAGGCUGACCUUGAACUCACAGGGAUCAUCCUGCCUCUGCUUCCUGAGUGCUAGGAUUAAAGGUGUGUGCCACCAUAUCCAACUGCUCAUAUGUUUUUGUUGAGGGUGAGGUGACUACUAAUUAUUUGGGGGAGGCAAACAUCUUAACUUUCACAGCAGGUUGUGCCUCUCCAAAAGAGGUGAUUAGGAAUCAGAUUUUUUUUAAGAUUUUGAUAAUUUGAAAUAAAGAACAUAUCCACAAGUCUAGGCACACUCUGCGGUCACAAGCCUUACAUUUUUGUCCUAAUAGAUAUUGAUAUCAAACAUCUAGUGAGAUAUCUUCAAUUUGCCUUCUGGGGUAACGGUUUAAACUGGGGUCACACUGGAGAAACAGAACCUUAGUUCUUCCAUUUCUGUCCCCCAGUGACCUCCAAGCCCCUCAUCCAGGCCUCCUUUGCCUCUUACUUCCUACUGUGUUCAGCCAAAUCGUGACAGAGGGACCAACGCUCUUCCUAAAUCUAGACUAAAUUGCGGAUCUCAAUUCUUUUUCUGCUUCUUAGGCUGUUGAUCUUCUCUUCCUUGAAUGUUUUCUUAUUUCUUUCCUCAGAGUUAGGAUGAAUGGAAGGAACUUGAGAGAUCCCUAAUUCAUCCUUCCUAUUCCCCAAACAUGCCGCAACAUCCCAGGUAGACCCUGCUCUCCUUUUACUGGUAUCCAGGCUUAGAAGGUCUACAGAACCCUCUGUAUGACCCACAUGACGUCACAGCCAUGGAAACUUUCCAUCCAGCCCGAGCCAGCUAGUCCCUUUGAGCUCCAGCCUGUCAGGAAGGUCCAGGGACUGGACAGCAGCAUCAGUAAAUGCUAAGUGAUGAGAGUUUCGUUUGCACGGUCAUGAAAUGUCCGAAGACCAGUGGUCCUUCAGCCUGCCUUCUCAAUCGAUGCAGUUGUGGCUCCUCUCAGGUGCUUUGCCAUCCUCCCACUAAGAACUAAGCUAGAAGCUCCCUCCCCCACCCCAAAAGCUCUCCCUCUGUCUGUGUUAUAGACACUGCACACUGUGAAUCUGAUAAGCAUUAUCGCAUGCCUUCUCCAGACCCUGCUGUGUUUUCCCUAGACUUGGCUAUAAGAGAAAUCUUUGGGUUUUCUUAUCUAUUUCCUUUGACCAUAGGAAACUCUAACUAGGUUAUGUUGAGCAAUUCCAAGUUUCCUUUCUCCCUGCUUUUAAUAUCCUUCAUCAUAACACACUGGAUUUGGUUGGAAUUUUCCUUAGCUGGAAAACAUUAAGGGAUUUGAUUUAUGCUGGUCCACGCUUAGUCAGUUCAUCAUCACGGGUGAAAACACAUAGCUUCCAAUAAUCCCUCGGCAUGAGGAAAAGAACGCAGCGUGUCUUCAAGAGAUGGCAAAGACAUCAUUUGGGUAAUAUUGUCAUUCUGGCUUUGAUUAUUUUGGUUUUGAAGAAACUAGUAAUUCCUGUCUGGUUUUAAAAAUGUUUAGCAGAAAAAUUUUAUAACAAGCUAUUUUCCUCUGGGCAAUAUUAAAUAUGGGUAAAAAUUUUCAAUAUGUAAAAAAAUGUGUAAUGUAGAAGAUGAAUCUUUUUUAAUGAAGUGAGCUAUUUUACUAGCUUCUAGUAUUCUGCUUUCAAAGUUUUCCUGCCUCCUUUUUAAGUACAUCUGAAAAAUGUUAACUAUAUUUCCAUUCCAUUUAUGAUUCAGCUAAGGAUUUGGCUGUAAGAAAACAGGCUAACAUAAUUAAAUCAAUUAGAAGAGCUAGAUAUAUCUAAAGAAUAUUUAUGAAAUUUCUGUGUGAGC